UUCUAAGCUUGAUUGCAAUAAGAGUAAGCAUCACUUUACCUCUUCCAUUGAUUCUUUCACACGUUCAUUAACCAGUCAUUAAUUAGUCACACAUACUCUCUCACACACACACACACGUUUCCUUCAGAACUCAGAGUCAGAGAGAGAGAAUGUGUCCUUUGAGGGUGAUUCUGAUAUUCUUAUCCGCCACUCUUGCCGGCUUCUUCCUCCUCAGAAACAUUAGAUCUCAGCCUCCACAAUUGGACAAUCAUGAUGAUGAUGAUGAUGAUGAUUCCACACAAAAUUCACACUCUUCUAACUCUUCUUCUUCCAAGAUUGGAAGUGCUAUAAAUUCAGGGUUCUGGACUUUGGUUGACAUGGCUAGUGGCCGUUACCUUUGGAGGCACAGGCACUUGGUCUCUUCAACUCAAUCCUCCUGAUGCCUCUUAUGUUCUUCACCUUCAUUUGGAUUUGUAUGUAAUAGGGUUCUGCUCUAAAUUGGUCCUUAUUGUUAACAAUUUCAUAUCAAGUUGUAUACGCUAUAUGAAUGGUCUGAUUUGAUGCCUUAAUCAUAUUCAAUGAAAUUGUUUCCAGUAAAUUGGUUAAGAAAUUAAGUUAUGGUGUGUUUGUGAGUUGAAAUUUUGAAGAAGAAUGGAGACAAGAAAAGUGCUCAAUUUAAAGAGUAAAGUUAUACAAUACUCAGCAUUACUGUUUUAUAAAUAGACAAGAAAAGUGUUCAAUUUGAUUGGUUUGUGAAAG